AUGGAGCAAAACAAUGCGCUUCCCAAUGUUCUGCAUACAGAACGGCUUGUGCUGCGAUUCGCAGAUCCAAACAGCGAGAGUGACUGUAGCAAGAUCCUCCACGUCCUUCAUGGAAAUGGCAUGACGGCCGCCACACUUGGCAACAUCAAAGAUGUCCAUACCCGACACAAGGAUUUUGCGCCAAAGUCUGGAUGGUGCGCGAAAGCGCCUGUGUCAGAUCGGCAGUUCCAUCUGAUAUACCGCAAAUCCAAAUCCACCGAAAGCGGCAGUGAAGAAGUCCUCGGCUGGAUCACCAUGAACUUCCGCCCCGAAAUGGCCUGUCCAGAUAUCGGAUACAUCCUCCUCCCGCAGCAUUGCGGGCAUGGAUACGCUACUGAAGCUGCGCGUGCGGUGCUGCAGUUUUGGAGGGAGGAAGUUGGGGUGAGGGAGGUGUUUGCGGCGAUUGCUGAGGGGGAUGCAAAGUCUGUGAAGAUUGCUGAGUCCUUGGGGAUGGUGCGUGGUGGUGGUUUGUGGCUUGCGAGUGGACAUGAUGAUACGAAGACGAGGGCGAUGGCGUAUGUGUUGCCGGGGAUGAAGUGGAGGGAGGUGGAUGUGGAUGGGGAGGGGAUGGAGUGGGUUGUGAAGCCGGCGUUUAACACGGGGGAGAAAGUGGAGGUUGGUGGUGUGGAAGGUCGAUGA